CCUUCCCCCAGUGCACCAGAUGGCCUCGGAACGCUCCGCCGAGUGGGUGUGGUUCCCGGGAGGCCCCGCCCCCAGAACGCUGCUCCAAUGGGGGUCACUCGUGUCCAUGGCGACAGAGGGCGGUGGCAGCCAGCUUGCGGAAGGAGCCACCACCGCGGGGAUCUCGCAACUAAGAGUGAACCCCGUGGGGAACGGGCUCCCCCUUGUGAUCAGUGGGGACGGCAAGUCCCGUGGAAGGAACCAGGAGGCCGUCCCUGAGGCCCAGCAAUGCCCAGGGAAGGAAGGGUGGACAUGAGCGACCAGCUGAGUCCCGUCCCGGGCCACUAGGAGUGGACUCAUCAGUCCCUCCGCUCUCCUCGGAACUCCCGAAUCUCAAGGAUGGAGCCAAGUCCCCCUAAGACCAGCGAAUCAGAGCAAGACUCUGUUGAAGAAGAGGAGUCCGAGGAGGAGUGCGACGAUGGGGAAGUUGCCAUCUCUCCUAACCCUGCUCAGCAGACACUCUCAAAGGCUGACAAUGGGGUCGCCUUAUCCAUUGUGGCCACGAAAAUCCCGAAAAUAGUCUUAGCCCCGGCUGCCUUAGAUGACUUAGAGGUCGGGAGAAGAAAGAGAAGGCGGAGAUGCAGAGCCCUGGCCAUCAACCUGACCAACUGCAGAUAUGAGAGUGUGCGUCGCGCAGCCCGAAUAUGUGGCCUGAGGGAGGUGGGGGAAGACGAAGAGUGGAACGUGUACUGGACGGACUGCUCUGUGUCCCUGGAACGAGUCAUGGACAUGAAGAGGUUUCAGAAAAUCAACCACUUCCCCGGCAUGACGGAAAUCUGCCGCAAAGACCUGCUGGCCCGGAACCUGAAGCGCAUGCAGAAAAUCUACCCCCGGGAGUACAACAUCUUCCCCCGCACCUGGUGCCUGCCCGCGGACUACGGGGACUUCCAUGCCUGUGGUCGUCAGCGGAAAACCCGAACGUUUAUCUGCAAGCCAGACAGCGGCUGUCAGGGCCGCGGCAUCUUCAUCACCCGAAACCCCCGGGAGAUCAAGAUCGGAGAGCAUAUGAUCUGCCAGCAGUACAUCUCCAAGCCCUUCCUCAUCGACGGCUUCAAGUUCGACAUGCGCAUCUACGUCCUGCUCACGUCCUGUGACCCGCUGCGGAUCUUCAUGUACGAGGAGGGCCUGGCCCGCUUUGCCACCAUGCCCUAUGUGGAGCCCAACCACAGCAACCUGGAUGAAGUCUGCAUGCACCUGACCAACUACGCCAUCAACAAACACAACGAGAAUUUCGUCCAGGACGAUGCUGUGGGCAGCAAGAGGAAGCUGUCGACGCUCAAUGCCUGGUUGCGAGAACACAGCUACGACCCCCGAGAGAUGUGGGGGGACAUCGAGGACAUCAUCAUCAAAACCAUCAUCUCGGCCCAUUCGAUCCUGCGCCACAACUACCGCACCUGCUUCCCCCAACAUCUGAGCGGAGGGACCUGUGCCUGUUUUGAGAUCCUCGGUUUUGACAUCCUGCUGGACCACAAGCUGAAGCCCUGGCUGCUGGAGGUGAACCACUCUCCAAGCUUCACCACGGACUCGCGCCUGGAUCGGGAGGUGAAGGAUGCCCUCCUCUUAGAUGCCAUGAUCCUCGCCAACCUCCGGGGCUGCGACAAGAGGAAGGUGAUGGAGGAAGAGAAGCGGCGAGUCAAAGUGCGGCUUUUCCACUGCCACCAAGAGCUACGCGAGGCCAGGCGAGUCCUAAUGGAGCUGUCCCAGGCGGCACUGCUGGACCAGGAAUGCUAUGAGGACUCCCACCUUGGCGGGUACCGGAGGAUCUACCCUGGGCCUGACACAGAGAAGUAUGCGCCCUUCUUUAAGCACAGUGGCUCCCUCUUCCAGGAGACGGCGGCUUCCAAGGCCCGAGAGGAGUGCGCCAGGCAGCAACGGGAAGAGUUCCGCCUCAAGCAGAAGCAGCGGGAGGUCUUAGACUCUAAGAAGCCAAAGGACAACAAGGAGCAGAACCCGGGCGAGUCGGCAGGGGAGAACAGGCGAUCCAGGCCCCGAUCCAGGCCCCGGUUCCAGAGCCUUGCCACCCACCUGGCCUACCGGAACCGGACACGGGAGCAAAAGCUGCGACCAGGACACCUGGACACCAUGCAGCCUCAAGAAAUUGUGGAAGAGGAGGAGCUGGAGCGGCUGAAUGCCCUGCUGCGGAGGGAGAAUCUCAUCCGAAGCCUGGGGAUCGUCGAGCAGAUCACCAGCAUCGUGCAAUGCAGCCAGCAGAGCCAGAAGAAACCUCCUGAGUGUCGGCCUAGAUCUCACCAGGACGGGCUGAGCAGUCAAGAACUGCCGUCUCUGAGUCUGUUCCCAUUGGCCCUCCUGAGAGGGGCCUACAAAGAGCAGGGCCCUCCUCACUUCCUGCACGUAGUCCAGCCCGAGUUGAUCCCCAGGAUCCUAGGGCCACUGCCAAGCAACCCUGCACUCCUGCACCAGUCCGGGUGCUACCUGCAGCCCAGGACCUUCCACUGGACAAGAGACCCAGCCACCUUUGGCCCCUGCUCUUUGUCACUGAGGAAAUCCGGGAGGCGCUGCUUUCCCACUUCCAGAUUCAGGCUUAACAGCCAAGGCCAGGCCAGCAGGAGGCUAGAAGCCAUAAACAGAGCCAUGGCAGGAUCAGUGCCAUCCUCUUUAACCCCCAAGCAGGGCUAUUUCCUGCAACGGGAAAGCGUGAUAAGUAGCCCGUGGACUGAGUGCACCUUGCCCUGCGUGGUAAAUUCUGAACACAGAGCAGCCCAGGCCCAGGACCUCCCCCUCUGCCCUACCCCCGCGCCCCUGACGGAGAGCGCCACCGCACUCCUGGACAUCGGCCACCACAGGUAAACGCAGGGCGGGAGCCCCGCGCCCACCGCCGCCGGACAGCCCCCUCCGGGGGUCCUAAGGGGCAAAGGGCCUUCAGCCAUUGCUCUUUAACCAAAGACUGCCACGGAGCUCGAGUUGGGAAAGCCUUGGCCAGGAGCCCCGUCUGCAUCAGGCUCAAACCUAAGACA